UAAGGAGUUGUCAUCAAUCUGGCCGUUCUUGGAGUUCCAUAUCCCUGCACCUCGAGGAAGGUGUGGGAUCUAAAGAAUGCUCAGUUGCCUCCUCUUUGCAUUGAGGUUUCAAUUCUUCUCGUUUGGCCUUUCGGUUGCACGGUGAAAGGAUCUCCUGUUGACAACGGUUAACUCCUGCAACGAUAGAGAUUCUGGCAGCUGAUAUUUUACUGCAAGAGAACAGCUUGUUUGGAUUUCCCUAUAGAUUGCCUUACUCAGAUCAAUUGCUGUCCAUGAAGAUGGCAAUAACUAGUUGUUUCUCAGCUCUUUUUGCUAGAAAGAAGUCCAAGGAAAAGAAAAGAUCCAAAAUUGCCUAUAAAUGUGGAGAUUUAAGAGUUAACCCUGAAGAACAAGUUCAUCAACAUGUCCAGAAUCUUACAGUAGGCAUUACUUCUGAUGAGCCCAAUCACACCGAUCAAUUGGCCCAUAGUUCUGUAGAGGUAGCAAAUAUCAGAGAGCCUAUGCUGAUGAUAGCUCAGGGAAAGAGCCCUGUGGAGAAUGCACAAACCAAAACGUGUGGUACAAAAAAUCUCAAAUUUGAACAAACUGAGCUUGUUACUGAAGCAGUCUAUGAGGGAGGUGAUGAGGACAAGGAUAAUUUAUCUCUGAGGAAAGAUUUCUCUGACUUUGAUCUUCAAGCAUUAGAAGCAGACAAGCAUGAACUGAAUUCAGGAAGUGUCAACGAAGAACUGAAUAUUGAUGGUUCGGAUAGCAGGUUGCUUAAAGAAGAUACUGCUUCUGAAAUGAUUACCUACACUGGUCAUGUUAGUGAUCUUGGCCUUGAUCGAACAGAUAACUUGUGGUCUCAGAAUCACUGGGUUGCUCUUUAUUCAGAGUCUUCUACCGUGGAUAGAGUUGAUGCUUGGGUUCAAAGUGUUGGAGAUGGCUCAUCACAUCCAAUAGACAGCUAUCAGGAUGAUGAACCAGCUGAAGAGGCGACCUCAUCUACCAAUAUUCUUGAGGUUGAAAAAAUAUCACGAAAGAAACAAACUCAAACUGGCAGGCCAACAGUAAAGGAUAUAAUGGAAGGCAGCUACAUCUUCCAACCACCAUGUUCCUUUCCCCAUACGGCUCACAUUUCUGGUAUGGGUUUGAAAACUAUUCCAGUCAUUUCAGCCUUCAGCAAUCUCCGAUCAGUUAAUUUAUCUGGCAAUAUGAUAGCCCACAUUUCCUCAGGAAGCCUCCCAAAGAAUCUCCUUACACUUGAUUUGUCUAGGAACAAAAUUACAACAAUUGAGGGACUGAAAGAGCUUAUGAGGCUGCGGGUUCUUAAUCUCAGCUACAACAGAAUCUCACGGAUUGGUCAUGGAUUUCCAAAUGGCACGCUGAUAAAAGAGCUCUAUUUAGCUGGAAAUAAGAUCAGCUACGUUGAGGGUCUCCACAGACUUCUGAAGCUAAAAGUUCUGGACCUGAGCUUCAACAGCAUAACCACAGCAAGGGCCUUGAGUCAACUUGUUGCUAACGACAGCUCUCUCUUGGCACUCAACCUGGUUGGCAAUCCAAUUCUGAGCAAUUUUAGCGAAGCUGCCCUUCGUAAAAAAAUCUGUAGCAUCCUACCUAAGAUAUCCUACUUGAAUAAGAAGCCCAUUGAUCCUCGGAAGGGACAGGAGGUGGCCUUGCACAGCAUAUCAAAGGCUGCACUCGAGAGCAAUAACCGGUUCUCGCAGAAACAAUUGACAAGGCGAGUGAUCAAGACUACCAGUUCUUCGGUUAAGAGCCAGGGAAGAGAAAAGAACACCUAUAGAGGAGCAAGCCGCAACCUCGGAGAGAGGAGCAGAAUGAACAGAUCAAGGGGCAAGCAUCAACGGUCUAUCACUUGAAGGGAAUGAAAUAGUCUUACUUCAAGAAAAUUAGAUGAUGAUUCAAUUUUUGAUGUGAUUUGAUUUCGCUUUCUGUCGUAAAUUAGAAAACACUAUACGUCUUUAUUUUUGUUAAACUUGA